UUAAUGAAAUGGACGAGUAACUGUGAUGAAUUAAUAGAAGAGAUGAAAAGAGAAACAGGGAUGAAAGAUGUUCAAGAGGGAUUGAAGAUUAAGUCAGAUGAAACAAUGAAGAUAGUUGGACUUACCUGGGACCGCAGUGAAGAUUCAUUCCGUUACGCUGUCAAACUCCCGACGCUGGAACAUCCUGUAACAAAAAGGAAAAUAAUAAGUGAUAUAUCACGAUUUUAUGAUCCAUUGGGCUGGGUAGGACCCAGCAUCAUAAAGUCAAAAAUACUAAUUCAGAAGCUAUGGUUAGCAGGGAUUGAAUGGGAUGAAGCUGUACCGACAAAUAUACUGGAUGAGUGGUUUACUUACCGGGAGGAGCUGAAACUGUUGGAGUCAAUUAACAUACCAAGAUGGGUCCACACUGAGGUUAAUUGCGUAGUCGAAUUGCAUGGCUUCUGUGAUGCCUCCAAAGAGGCAUACGCGGCGGUGGUGUAUGUCCGUGUGAUCGACUCCCAGGGGAACAUUCGUGUGUCACUGUUAACUGCUAAAACAAGAGUUGCACCAGUCAAGCAGGUAUCAAUUCCAAGAUUAGAGCUAUGCGGAGCAGUGCUACUAACACGUCUGAUGCUAGAUACAGCCAAAGUUUUAGGUGUUGAGAAAGUUAACCUACGAGCAUGGACAGACUCUACAAUAGUUCUCGCAUGGAUCAACAGCCACCCAAGUAGAUGGAAAGUUUUUGUCGCAAAUCGUGUGUCAGAGAUCCAGACGAAUUGGGAUUCCCAUCAUUGGUCGCACGUCAGCUCUCAAGAAAAUGCAGCGGAUGCAGCAUCACGAGGAGUAUCACCUGCAGAAUUAGUAGGAAAUAGCAGAUGGUUCAACGGUCCGGAUUUUUUGCAUAAUAAAACCAUCAGGUAUGAGAAACCCAAGGAUGUGACGACGGAUUUGGAGAAGGUUAAAUCUCAUUGUGCAGUGAUAGAGAAAGAUAUUUGGGAGAGGUUUUCAUCUUUUACCAGGUUGAAGAGAGUUAUAGCAUACUGCAAACGGUUUAUAAACAAUCUAAGAGUAGAACCUAAUGAGAGAAGCAAAGGAUAUUUGACUACACAAGAACUAACUGAAGCACAAAAUGUAUGCAUCAAGCAAUAUCAAGCACUACAUUUCAAGGAUGAGAUUUUAUUAACCAAACAAAAAAGAAACUUACCAAAAAGCAGUACACUUCGUUCGUUGAACCCAAUCUUGGAUGAUGAGGAUAUAUUAAGAGUAGGAGGAAGAUUGGAGCAUUCUGGUUUAAGUCACAACCAGAAACAUCCCAUCAUAAUACCCAAGAAGUGUCAUCUAGCCAACCUGAUUAUUGAAGAUGCCCACAAGCGUACACUCCAUGGCGGUCCACAAUUGAUGAUUUGUUUCAUUCAGGCUAAAUAUUGGAUCUUGGGAAUGAAACAGCUGGUUCGAUCAUACUUCCGAAAGUGUGUGACAUGCGCUAAAAAUGCGGCCGUAACUCAGACUCAGCUGAUGGGCCAAUUACCUGCAGCAAGAGUAACACCAAUACGCCCUUUCAGAUGUAGCGGCGUGGACUACGCGGGGCCCAUACAGAUUCGCACUGCAAAGGGACGUGGCCACAAGGCAUACAAGGGCUAUAUUUGUCUUUUUGUUUGUAUGGCAACUAAGGCCAUUCAUCUUGAAGCCGUCACUGAUCUCAGCUCUCAAGGGUUUCUGCAGGCGUUUAAACGUUUCGUGUCGAGGCGUGGCCAUUGCUCAGAUAUGUGGAGCGAUAACGCAACAAAUUUUACCGGAGCAGCUAGCGAGUUGAAACGACUUUUUCAGACGGAAAAUGGGUCUAUGUUGCAGGAAGUAGCAGAGUCGAUAGCCAGUAACGACUGCAAUUGGCAUUUCAUACCCGCGCGGUCUCCUAAUUUUGGUGGCCUCUGGGAGGCGGGUGUGAAAUCUGUGAAGUAUCAUCUAAAACGUAUUGUGGGACAAUCAACAUUGACAUUCGAAGAGCUGUCAACGGUUUUAUGUCAAGUAGAAGCCUGUCUUAAUUCAAGACCGAUGUCGGUUAUUUCAAGCAAUGCUGAAGGUGUUUCUGUUUUGACUCCUGGUCAUUUCCUUGUGGGAGAACCUAUUGUUACGGCUCCUGAUAAGAGUUACGAGUCUCAUAAUGUGAGUUCUUUAAGGCGGUGGCAGUAUACUCAGAGAAUGCUGCAAGAGUUUUGGAAGGUAUGGUCUCGGGAGUACUUAACAAAGUUUUAUAAUCGGUACAGGUGGUCAUCACAGCAGCCUCAGCCACAGGUGGGCGAUGUCGUGUUGGUGAAGGAAGACGGAUUACCGCCCUGUCGUUGGCUGUAUGGUAGAGUUUAUGCUGUCCAUCGGGGACAGGACAAUUUAGUUAGGGUAAUAACGCUUAAAACAAAAAAUGGGACAAUUAAGCGCCCAAUAUCUAAGUUGUGUCUGCUUCCAAUAGAGACUGAUAUGUAAAUAGGUAUAAGAUAGUAUAAGUACUCUAAGGUAGUUGAAUAGUUUGGGUUUUUAAGUUAGCAAUUAUCGGGUAAAUGUUAUGUUUGUUUUGUUA